AUGGCUGGCAGGGCGGAAAACCCUACCGCGAAAAGUGCCAAAGCGCUCAAGAUGUCGUCGUCGGCAGCUCCCUCGACAAAGACCUUUGGCAAGUCGACUCGGACGGUCCCUCACCCGUCCGAGAAGGCGCAGAAAUGGUAUCCUGCUGAGGAUGAGGCCAAGCCUCGCCAGGUCCGCAAGGCUGUCCGCCCCUGGGCCCCUCGCCGCUCCCUCCAGCCCGGCACGGUCCUGAUUCUGCUCGCUGGUCGGUUCCGCGGCAAGCGCGUCGUCCUCCUCAAGAACCUCGACCAGGGUGUUCUUCUCGUUACUGGCCCCUUCAAGAUCAACGGUGUCCCGCUUCGUCGCGUCAACUCGAGAUAUGUGAUUGCCACAUCCGUGAAGGUCGACCUGGCCGGCAUCGACGAGGCCAAGCUCGAGGAGAUCUCGCGGCCGAAGUACUUCACGGCGGAGAAAGCGAAGGAGAAGGCUGGCGAGGAGGCUUUCUUCAAGCAGGGGGAGAAGCCCCAGAAGAAGGAGGUUUCCAGCAGCCGGGCGGCUGACCAGAAGGCCAUUGACAAGGCCCUUAUCGCCAACAUCAAGAAGGUCGAUAUGCUCGCGAGCUACCUUGCCGCCUCUUUCAGCCUCCGCAAGGGCGACAAGCCCCAUGAGAUGAAGUUUUAG